AUGCAGGGUAACAGUGAGAUUUCAAACGGUCCCUUUUCACCGACUUUGCCGAACUCAUCGAGAACUGUGUUUUCCUCUCCACUUGUUAGACUCAACAACAGCAGCAAUAGCAAUAGCAAUAGCAAUGGUAAUGGUAAUAAUAAUAAUAAUAAUAAUAGCAUCAAUAAUAACAACACCAACAAUAACGGCAACCAUGGCAUUCUGAACAACGCCAACAACUCCAGCAGUUAUUCCCAGCUUGAUUCUGUUCUCUCGCCGCUGUUGACCAAUUCCAUCAACUCGCCAUUACCAGACAUCACGUUUUCUCCUCAUUUGGGCCAGACUAAUGACAAUGACAAUGACAUCCCUGCAUUCAAUCCCAAGACAGAAAUGAUGUUGGAGAAUUACACAAACAAUUUGAAUAUGUUCAAUAUGUGGAUUAAAAAUUUGUCUGUUGAAGAACAGAAGACUGCAAUUGGAAUGUUUAUUGAAUCCAUCGAAUCACCAGAAAUUUUGGAAUUUAUUAAAUUGAAAGUUUCAUCAAUUGAAUCACAGCCGAAAAAUGGCAAUGAUCAUUCGUUGAACUUCUCUCCGCCAUUGAGUGCCACAUCUGGAUGUGGAAGUUUGUCCAAUAACUUACGUCCAGUAUCUCCAAUCAUCUCGAUGUCUUCAAUAAACCAUUCGAAUCCAGACCCUCUAACUUUAGAUUCUCUUUUGAAUGAUACGAGCGACUUGAAUCUUUCAAUGAAUCACUUGUCAUUGAACAACGACAUUAUUUACAAUCCUGCGCCAAGGAGGGCAUUAUCCCCACCUUCAAUGAAAACCGGCUUUGGAAACUUAAUUGAACCAAUCGAGAGACCAAAAUCAGCGGGCCCUUCAUAUUCCCAUGAAGUCAUGUCUGGAGUUGGUAGUAUGGGCAUGUCCAAUAUGGAUUCUAUGAAUGGGAUGUUGAACGUCACCAACAAUGGCAAUAUUCUUCCAAUAUCCAAUCUACCAAUGAACAGUAUGAACGAUAUUGGUGCCAAAUUACAGACUUCCUUAAACACCAUUAACAAUCGCUCAUUACUGGAUUCUAACAAGGUCAAAGAUGAUAGACGCAAAUUUCUACAAAAUAGAAUGCCCGUCAAUGGCAUGAACGGAAUUAGUAGUAUGACCAACCUAAAUAGCAUGAUGAACGUCAAUAUGCACAUGCCGGUCUCCUAUAACAAUGGCCACGGCAUUGGCAUGACUAACUCUCCGCCACAGCAGCACCAUCAUCUUCAGCUGCAGCAUGUACAUCAGCAACAGGGGAAUAAACCACGUAACAAGGGCUAUCACAAGACGUCUCCGUUGAGCGGGGGUGAGUCCAGUGUCCACAAUAACUCUAAAAAGAACAACAAUAACAGUAGCAAUAAUAACAGCAACAACAACAACAGUAAUAUCAACGAAAAUAAUGGCACAAACUUGCCAAGAGAUAUUGCUUCUGAUGCUCUGUUGGAAGAUAUUCCAGCAUGGUUAAAGACAUUACGUUUACACAAGUACACGGACAACCUGAAACAUUUGAAAUGGCAGGAGAUGGUUGUCCUCGACGACGAGGGCUUGACGUCACUCGGGGUCAGUACUGUGGGGGCUAGAAACAAGCUGCUCAAGAGUUUCAAGUAUGUUUGCGAACAAAAGGGCCUCUCCCAAUAG